UGGUCAAAACACUGUCCGGCUCGUUGCCAUAGCAACGGUUUAGCGUCUCAACAUGGCGUCCCUACUUGGCAGUACAUUGUUUGAAAUAACUGGCCAGGGACCGUCUCCAACAAAAGAUUUUUUCCAACUUCUCAUAACAAAAACUGAGGUGAUAUGGAGGACGUGGAAAAUCUCUUUGAGGAGGGAGUUCAAGGGUGCUGAACCAGGAGAGAUGAAGCAAUCCCACGACGACUUCUUACAUGACGCUGGGUUGCAACACCUGGUGGGCGUGGUGUUUGGACAACACACUCUGGAGCACUCUAAGGCUCUAUGCGAGGGACACUACAACUACCUGGAGCGGCUGCCCAACCAGCUGCUGCUUCGCGUCUUCUUCUACCUUAGCUUCAGGGACAUCGGCCGACUCGCACAGACCUCACAGAGGUUCUGGAAGCUGUCCAACUCGCCUGAGCUGUGGGAGCAGACCGUGCGCGUGCGCUGUGACGAGCUGACACCAGACAUGGAGAUACUGGCCAAAGCUGUGGGCUGGAGGAAGAUCUUCUUCACCUUCUUUCACGAGAAGCUGUGGGCCUCUAAGGCCGACCCAGCCUCAGAUUCCCUGCCCUCUGCCACAAAUCUGGCCUAGGCCCUUGUCACCAAACCAUAUCAGUGACCUCAACGUGAGGGUUGCGCUACAAUCACUUUGUAAUGAGCACUUAUGUUUUGUUCUUUUGAUAAAUUAUAUUUUAUGUAUUUAUUAUUUUUUUACAUGGUAAGGAUGAAUACCAAAACCACUGAAUGUGAGUCUGAAUGUCAGAUAAUUUUUUUACACUGUCGAUUUAUGUUUGAGGAUGUUUGAAGUGCCAAGUGCAGCUCACUGUGAACACUUUUCUGCUGUGAGUCACGUUGUAUACACCUUUUGUGGUGUGUUCUUGUUGAAGAAGUUAACUUCUUUUGUUUGCAGUGUUGUUCCUUUUCUAUACAGAAUAAAGAAGAGUGUGUGUAAA